UCACCACAUUAUCCUAUCUCAUCCUAUGACACUUGCCAUCCCCAAGCACCAUGCGCUUGCCUUCUCCGACUCGAGUCAGAGGGCUUCUGCGCUGUCUGGAUGCUGCCUUCUUUGUAGCUUCCUUCGAGGAGGAAGGGUACUACACUGUGGGAGAUUUGAGAGAAGAUGGACAAGAGGUGGUGUCGGAAUUUGUGACAGCUUUGAGCAUGCCUCGUGGGACUGAUGAGCGCUUUCUGCGGCUUUCCUUUGAGGACGGCGAGAAUGAGCAAGAGCCUCCGGAGGACCCAGCGAGUCCAGUUGCACGAUUGGGCACCAUGGAUCCUUCCUGGCUGGAGAUUAUUGCACCUCUCUAUUCCAUGCACAUGGGUUGUGAGAACAUGGGUCCGCUCCUUUACAGCCUCGUCCGCUUUGUGAAGCCAUCCCACUGUCUUGAGAUCGGUGCAGGGUACACCUCAGCCUUUUUGCUCCAGGCUUUGGAGGACAACCAACGCGAGUUGCAGUUUUGGGAAGACUGGCGUGGCCGUGAAGCUGGUCCACAAAGCUGGCUAGUCAGUGAACUGGCUGAGAAAACUGGCGAGGAAGGCUCCUUGCACUGCGUGGACAACUUUGCUCACGAGCACAGCACUGCUCCAUUGCUUUCCCAGAUUGCGAAGAGACUGCGGCUCCAGCACCGCCUGAGGCUCCAUCUUGAUGAUGCCAGAGCGUUUGUCGAGGAAGCAGACAUGGCCCAGAGCUUCGACUUUGUUUGGCUGGAUGGGCUUUUGGACUUCGCGCCGCCCAAGAAAGGCGAUGUGCGAGCUAGCAUCGACAGCUUUCUUUCCUUGCUAUGGCCGCACUUGGCACCUGGUGCUCUGAUACUGCUUCACAGUACUUUGACCAAUUCAUCUGUUCGUGGAUGGCUGGAGAAUAUCUCGGCCUCUCCCUGGGGUCCUCCCAACAAUGUACUGAGCUUGCUGGAGCCGCACAAGAAAUUCCAGAACUCAGUGACCAUUUUGCAGCACAGGCCGGAUGGAUAUGCUGAACCAAUCUACUCCAAGCUCCCCUGAUUGUGGCUUUGAAGAAAGGCUGUGCCGGCCAAGCGACAAAAGACGC